UACUCUGGACCUCAGCGUGUAUUAUUUCAUCCGCGUGCAUAUACUUUUGAUUAAGCCGUUUCACACGCACGCAAACCCUUUUUUUUCCCUUUCAAUAAUAAACUCACCACAAUGUCGAGUCAACAGUCAUCGCCCCCCAGUGCUACUGGUGCCGAGCUUAUUGCCGCUACUUUAAAACACCAAGGUGUCAAGGUCAUUUUCGGCAUUGUUGGCAUUCCUGUCAUUGAGGUUGCCGAAGCUUGCAUAGCUGCAGGAAUCCGCUUUCUUGCCUUCCGUAAUGAGCAAUCGGCCGCAUACGCUGCAUCAGCGUACGGCUACUUGAGCGGGCAACCUGGCGUGUGUUUGACUGUAGGAGGACCCGGCGUGAUCCACGCCUUGGCCGGUGUUGCAAACGCCAAGGUCAACUGCUGGCCGAUGGUUCUGUUGGCAGGGUCAUCGGAUACAGAUCAAGUGGAUAUGGGUGCGUUCCAAGAACUCGACCAAGUCGAAGCUUGCAAGCCUUACUGCAAGUAUGCCGCUCGACCUGCAUUUGUAGACAAGAUCCCUGCUACUGUCGAAAAGGCAAUGCGGGCUGCUUUGUUUGGUAGACCCGGUGCAACUUACGUCGACCUUCCGGCCGAUUUUAUCCAGUACAAAAUCAAAGACCAUCGGUUCGUGGAUUCGUAUUCAAAGAGCGUCCCUGCUCUGCCUGCUGCUGCACCAAAGACUUUGGCGGAUCCACAAAGUGUCGCCCAAGCAAUCGGUCUUUUGCGCCAAGCCAAAAGUCCACUGAUCAUUGUCGGAAAAGGAGCGGCCUAUGCCCGAGCCGAAAAUGAGAUCCGCCAGUUCAUUGACAAGACGCAAAUCCCAUUCUUGCCAACUCCUAUGGCCAAGGGUCUCAUUUCCGACACCCACCCCCUCUGUGUCGCUGCCGCCCGAUCCAAGGCCCUCAAGGACGCAGAUGUCGUUCUUCUUCUGGGUGCGAGACUCAACUGGAUCUUGCACUAUGGCCAAUCCCCACGUUGGUCGAAUUCUGUAAAGUUCAUUCAUGUGGAUGUGUUGCCCGAAGAAGCUGGAAACAACGGGGCUGACACAUUGCCGUUGGUGGGCGACAUCCAAGCAGUCGUAUCGCAGCUGCUCAGCCAAUCGCCGCUGCCGCAUGUUCCUGCAACCAACGCUUACGUAUCGGGAUUGCUCGACAAGGUCAAGCAGAAUGUUGCCAAAUCUUUGGCGAGUCGCAAGAAGGCAGGAGCUGACAACGCUGUCAUGAAUUAUCAUUCCGCAUACACGGUGAUCAAGGAUAUUUUGCCCCCAAAUGAUGUUGUGUUUGUAAGCGAAGGAGCAAACACAAUGGAUAUUGCUCGAUCGUUCUUUGAUGUCCACGAGCCACGCCACCGUUUGGAUGCUGGAACUUUUGCUACCAUGGGCGUUGGUAUGGGCUAUGCUAUUGCAGGUAGAGAAUCGUUUUUCAUUCUGAUGUUUGAUAGAACUAUGACUGUUUGCCCCCACCCCGGGAAUCCCUACUAUUUUAACUCAAAAAGUCACUGUUUCGUAGCCCAAGAAUACUAUCCAUCGAAGCGUGUUGUAUCCAUUGUAGGCGAUUCCGCAUUUGGCUUCAGUGCUAUGGAGCUUGAAACUGCAGUACGAUCAAAGCUUCCUCUUAUUAUUCUUGUCAUCAACAACAACGGUAUCUACCACGGUUUGGAUAAUGAAGAGUUUGAGCAAUCGCGACGGGAUGGAACACUGCCAUCCACAGCACUUUUACCCGACACACGUUACGAUCUGUUAUCGACCGCAUUUGGCGGUAAAGGAUGGUUGGUCAAGGAUCGCGUACAGCUCGCCAAAGCCUUGAACGAAGCUUUGGCUGUCAAAGACAACGCUUGUGUAAUUAACGUCAUGAUUGCGCCUGGAGGCAGAACCAAGCUGGAAUUCGGCUGGAUGAAGAAGUCGGAUGAGAAGGCCAAGAUAUAAACAGAUUAUUAUAGACAGUUUUGUAGUAUUUGGAAAAGCACACCGAUUACUUAUACCAUGGAAUUCAUUUAUUUAUUUUCAUCAUUGAUAUUUCAACGUGGUGUACAGUGCAUACAGUAUUCUCUUGGUGUUGUGCGUCUUCUCGUCUUAUAUUCCAUAUCUUUCUCGCGCUUCAGCGAGACGUUUUCUGUAGUAAGCAAUGGCUUCUUUGGAGUAUGUUUGCACCGACGCCAAGUACUCCGGGUAAUUCUUGGAAAGGCUUUCAGCUAU